AUGUCCUUCCUCAGUCUACCUCCAGAGAUCCGCAUGAUCAUCUACAACAUAUUGCUCCAGUCAUGCCUGGCCAGUAAUACACGAACCCUCUACAGCGGUACGAACCCCCUUCGAUGCGCCGACACUCCGCACUCGAUCCGCCACCAACAUUCCUAUCACGUAGACUCACAAGACCGCGUCUGUUUCCACAGGAUCCUCUAUUCCUGCAACAUCCGAAAAGCCACUGAUAAGAUCCACCACUCUAACCUCGAUGACCUUCUCUCCAUCUCCGCAACCUGCCGUCUGAUUAGAUCCGAAUUGCUCGCUCUGAUCUGGUCAAAUGCAGACAUCCAUGUCAAAUCACCAGAGUUAUCCCAUGAAUUGACUUGGUUUUUCUGUAAUCGCUUGUCCUGGGAAGCGUGUGACUUCAUCACCACUCUACACAUUCACAUCAAUCAAAAAACCCGCUCAGUCUCACCCUCACCCUCGCACACGGAGAUCACAAAAUCAGCUGGAUUCCUCAUUCGUCAACUGCCACAGCUCAAGUUGCUGGUUGUCGAAGUGUGCAUCAGUUAUCUACCAAACAAGGAUCUUCCAAUACCUGAACUGUUGGCGCUGAGGAUCCUGCCGAUGAGGGUGAUUGUCAAGGUCCACCACUACUUUUCAGACUGGUUUCUUAACAGGUCUCUCAGCGCGAAUAAAUUGCAACAAGUUGAUAACGUAAGAGAGGAGAGCAUUUGGGCUGAGAAGGCUUUACUUGCGGCGAGGGAAGAUGUUGACUUGGUCCGCCGAAAACGCAGAGGCGAGAGGGAGGAAAAGGCCAAGAGGGAUGAAGUUGGAGAGGUUCUUGAGGAUACACUUGAGAUGCGGUCGAACGUGCUCGGAUAG